GGAGCACUGUGGGCCUGCUGGAGGUGGAGGAGGCUCGGGGCCGCCGGCGCUGAGACGCUCCGGGCUAGGCCCGAGGGGUCUGGUCGGGGAGAGCCUUGGACGGAACCUGCUGUCACUUAUUUAUCUUCGGGUGGAGUCGACAUCUAUACCCCGGGGAGCGGGGAGGACCGGACACGCGUGUAUUUAAGAGAUUAUGGCAUCUGAAACCCACAAUGUUAAAAAACGGAACUUUUCUAAUAAUAUUGAGGAUCAUUCCAUUGGUCUUCCUAGAAAAAAGAUCUCUAAUUUCACCAAUAAGAACAUGAAGGAGGUUAAGAAAUCUCCAAAACAGUUGGCUGCUUAUAUAAAUAGAACAGUUGGACAAGCUGUGAAAAGCCCAGAUAAACUACGAAAGGUGAUCUAUCGCAGAAAGAAAGUUCAGCAUCCUUUUCCAAAUCCUUGUUACAGAAAAAAACAGUCCCCUAUAAGUGGGGGCUGUGACAUGGCAAAUAAAGAAAAUGAACUGGCUUGUGCAGGCCACCUACCUGAAAAAUUACACCAUGAUAGUCGAACAUAUUUGGUUAACUCCAGUGACUCUGGUACUUCACAGACAGAAAGCCCAUCAUCUAAAUACAGUGGGUUUUUUUCCGAGGUUUCUCAGGAUCAUGAAACAAUGGCCCAAGUUUUGUUUAGCAGGAAUUUGAGACUGAAUGUAGCUUUAACUUUCUGGAGAAAGAGAAGUAUAAGUGAACUUGUAGCUUAUUUGGUGAGGAUAGAAGAUCUUGGAGUUGUGGUAGAUUGCCUGCCUGUACUCACUAAUAGUUUACAGGAAGAAAAACAAUAUAUCUCACUUGGCUGCUGUGUAGACUUAUUGCCUCUUGUAAAGUCAUUACUUAAAAGCAAAUUUGAAGAAUAUGUGAUAGUUGGUUUAAACUGGCUUCAAGCUGUAAUAAAAAGGUGGUGGUCAGAACUAUCAUCCAAAACAGAAAUUAUAAGUGAUGGAAAUAUUCAGAUUUUAAAACAACAAUUAAGUGGCUUGUGGGAACAAGAAAACCAUCUUACUUUGGUUCCAGGAUAUACUGGUAAUAUAGCUAAGGAUGUAGAUGCUUAUUUAUUACAGUUGCAUUGAGAUAUUUCGUCUACUAAAGAGCAUUUGGUUAUUCAAAACAUCCUGGAUUAUAUGAUUUCCAAAAAUAAGUCUCUUCUGAGAACUAUGAACUGUGGAAGAAACUGAAACCAUUUUUUCUUUUAAAAAGCCACAUAAUGAAACCACUAAUGAAAACCUAACAAUCUACUUCACAUUGAAGUGGAAAAAUAUCCAAACGGAGCAGCUUCAACUUCAAUGAGGUGAAAGUGCACUACAAAGAUUGUUCGCCUUUGCUGCAUUUGGGAUUUAUGUGGUUAUCUGGUAACAUUGUUUAAGAACUACUGGUCUUAAUGCAGUCCUGCAUAAGAAUAUAAUUUAUACUAUGUGAAAAAAUAAGGCAGGACUUAUUACUAGGAACCACAAAGACCAAUCAUUAUUAGUUUUUUAUUGUGUUUUAUAAAAAAAACACUUGAAUGUGUGCAGCUAUUUUCUUAUGUUGAAUAAAUUUCAAAGUUUAAAACAUCAUAGUAAAUAAUCAAUAUUAAAAAUGUUUUGUCCACACUGAGAUACUGUGUAUAUAAAUGCCUUAAUUAUUAAUAAGCCAAUGUGUUAUGAUACCAAUAUCUGUUUUUUAAAAAUAAAAAAACCCACCAGGCAUGGUGGGUACAUGCCCGUAAUCCCAGCCACUUGGAAAGCUGAGGCAAGAGGAUCACAAGUUUAAAGCCAGCCUCAGCAACUUUGGAAGACCUUGUCUCAAAAUAUGUAAUUAAAAAGGGCUGGAGAUAUAACUCAAUGACAAAGUACUCCUGAGUUCAAUACCCAGUACAAAAAAAAAAAAUUAAAAACAACCAUAGUUCUGGCAUGAUAAAAAUCAUGAAAUUAAUUAAAUCAGGGGUUUACAUUCAUGUAGAAUGCUGUUGUUGAAACAUUUUCCAUACUAGUUUUGAAACUUGAGAAUGUUUUUAGAAGCUCUGAUUUUUUUUUUUUUUUUUUUGGCCAGAAUGUUCAUGUCAUGUACGUAUGUGUUAUCUCUGUAAAGAAAAAGGUGAAUAUGUAUUUGUAUUAAUGUUUAACUGGAAAUGUUCAUGGAGUUGGCUAAUUUAUAUUCACUUUUUAUUGUAUAUAGAUUUCUAAUAUUUUUCAUUUCUGUAUCAUGUAAACUUUCUUCAUUUGAGUAAAUUCACUAAAUAUUUCUAU